UUCGCUGACAUUGUUUUAUAGCUAUCGGACACAGUACCAACCUAAUCGAUCGAGAGUUCAAUAUCAUCGUUAUUAGGGGCGGAGAUAAUCGUUCAAGGCCAGUUUAUCUGCAAAUAGUUCACGCGGUAGAGGAGUUUUUUCCCGAAAGUAGCAUUUCUUGAUGAAGGCGAAGCUUUUGUUGGCAUAUAUCUCUUCUAGGAACGAUAAUGCAUUGCGGAGGGUCGAAACUGGAAUAUCUUCGAUUGUAGGAGCAAAGAAUGGCGGACUCGUUCUAGUCAUUGAUGGUGCAGCAAUGGACUAUGCAAGUACCAUCGCUGUUUUUAUUUGUGCAAAAAUCGUUGGCCGUCAGACUAGUCAAGGAUGGCCUCGAUGAUAUGACUGGCGCUAUUGGAGAUGAGCAAAGGAUGUUAGCGUAUCCAUCUCGAAAUGUAAUUUCAGUCUUGACAAUCAAAAUCAUUUGAGGGUUCGCGUUUAAGGACUGGGCAGAGAGAUGAAAGCGAAAGUUCAAUUUUUGUCAAAUUUGCUACGUCUAGCUCCUACCCGAGCUUACUUCGUCUCAGGUUCAGGAUUCAAGAGCACCUAUACGCCCCAAUCAGCCUAUAUCCACACCGGAAGAGCAAGACACAUACCUGCUGACCACCCUGGCCAUUCUCCCACUUCUGGUAUUUCAAGGAUGUAAGCCCCCGUUUUUCGGCGAGCACACGUUGGUCUUCCUUCAAGGAAGCGCGGAGGGCGCGAGCAGCUAUUUCGCUGUACUUGUUGAAUCUAAGGUGUAAAUAUCAUUAGGGAAAGCAAGGAAGAAUUCCGUUGCGAGACUCACGAAAAGACGCUACGCCAGGCGUUGCUCAUCGUGAACGGUG